AUGGAGAGCCCACCAAGCCCACCGAAACGCCAUCCGCUCAACUCCACUGAUCCGGUGAGCACUUCAUAUUGCUCAGAUUUUGGACGCGGAUCUCUUGCAUCUGCGAAUCUCCAUUGUCAGCAUCUCCUGUGUCCGGAUCGGCAAGCCGUGAUAAUGGCCGUCCUGUCAUCCUCAUCGGCUUUCUGACCCGCUGUGACCCUGCUGUUGGUUAGAACUCUGGUUAAGUAUUUGUUUGUGUCAGGGGAUUGGUAGUACGUCUUGGUGCAGGUCCAACCGUACCAGCCAGCUGCAACCUUCCCCCUCCGGUCUUCUUGACUAUGCCUUGAUGACGCUUUUGGGUGGGGAAGGGGGAAAGGAGGGGGAGUGCGGUAGAUGCAAAGCAGCUCUGCACUAAGCUAAUAAAUAAUAAACUAAUUCAUUCCGAUGUCACCGUGCCAAACUCGCCUUAUAUUUGUAGCACACGUCGUGCACAGUCAGCAACAGUGUUCCAACAGUCAAAGGCAUGAUGUAAAUGCGAUACAGUCAAAAAUCACCAGGUUACAUAUAUUAGCAAGAUUCGGCAACAUUAAGAGGCUAUCUGAAGAUACACCCGCCGAUUGGCGAGGAAAAAAUCAACGAGUAUUGCGCAAACAUGUAGACAAUGACGGUAGAUUUGACUUAGUACGUAAGGACCGUCUACUGCACGACACUCAGUCACCUAAGCCCAUCUAGUGGCAACGUCACAGAACAUCAACCAUUAAGGAUAUACGGAAUUGUUUGCUGUUAAACUGCUAAUUAUGUCAGCAAAUAUUUGCUAACAAUGUGAUCGAUUUGCAAUGCAGAAUUAUUCUGCUUGCCUUCCCCGUUUCGUUGUUGCAUAUUUUACCUCUUUCUCAAUAAAGAGAAGUGUGUUUUCGAUAAGGACAAUUUCACUGGUGAAAACAGAAAUGUAAAAUAUUAAAAGCGUUUCCAUUGGAAGACGAUAGGGUUCAGUUAUCUCAAGUAGAUGGCAACCCCAAAAAUCUACCACAAAAUUCAGCGUGACUGUUUAAUCAUUUGUAUUUAAGCGUUUACAUUGCUUUAAAAUUAAAAACCGUUCCAUUAUUAAAUGGAAUAAAAGAGCGACGAAUUACUCAAGGGUGGUUAUUUGUGAAAUUUGAGUCUUGUUAUGAAGAAAGAGAAAGUAUCGCCGGGACAAGAUAUUAAUAGCCUGACCUUUCGGAUUCCUACUCAAAUCCAUCAGCAGAGACAAAAAACAGAAACGAAUGGUUGUUGCACAAGGAGCUGCGAUAUUUAUAGGAUGCAGUAGCCAUGCUACCGGAUACCUAUGACCAUUCACGGCUCCCCCCUUCAUCCGGGAUAGUCGCGCUUGUUGUGAUCAUUGCCUGAUAGCCGACAUUUGAGUCGAUAAUUGCUGCAAUUGCAUCACGUGCGUUGGAUGUUGGCGUGAUGAUUUCUCGACUAUCUGACGCACCGGCCCCGGUUUUGGGAAAAGUGCUAACCUCUGCGCUACCCACAUGGCAUGGCGAAGUUUUAGCACGGAGUAUGGAAUGGGAAGAUCGUUGCACUUGUUGAUGGACUGGGGGCCAGUAAACCAUGAUUCCAGUAGCUCCAGGCUCACGCAGUUGUCACCUUUUGCUUGACCAGCCGAAUGUGGUCAUGGUAUCGUUUCAUGUUACAUCCCUCUUUACUUCUAUCCCCCAGGACCUGGCGAUCGAGACAAUUGAGGUGCUUCUACAAAGCAAAUACGAUGAAACGGAGAACCGUCUUGCACACACCCCAAUCCUUCAGCUCCUGAAGCUCUGUCGCAGGACGUACUUCAAAUUCAACGGGACAAUCUACGAACAGGUGAAGGGCACACCAAUGGGUUCGCCGAUUUCGGGAUUCAUCGUCGAGGCGGUCCUGCAACGGUUAGAAUCGCUCGUCUUCCAACACCACAUACCGAAAUUCUGGGUCCGGUAUGUUGAUGAUACCUUCGUCAUCAUCGAACGGGAUCAGGUGUUGACAUUCCAAGAACAUCUCAACGCCGUCUUCCCGGAUAUUCAAUUUACGAUGGAAAAGGAAGAGAACAACCAGCUGGCCUUCGUGGAUGUCCUUGUAUGCCGCAAGGAUUGUUGUGGACUAAAAACCAAAGUGUUCAGGAAAGCGACAAAUACGAUGCAUGUUCUGAACUUCAACAGUAACCACUGA